UCGGACUUCUCCUUCCGAUCCCUUCUCACAAUCCAAUUUCUUCAUUCCUUCUCGGACUCGUCUUCCCCCCUCCCAAACCCUCUAUAUAUCUUCAUCCACCCGAAGCCAAUGCAAAACCCCAACGAUACGAUGGCUUCUUUCAAGAUUUCUCUAUGCGUUCUCUGCGCGUUUUUCGUUCUUUCGUCGGCCCUCGACAUGUCCAUCAUCCACUACGACGAGCAGCACGGCGUGAAGGGAACGGCCCUCCCCCGCUCCAACGAGGAGGUGAUGAGGAUCUACGAGACGUGGCUCGUGAAGCACCGCAAGAGCUAUAAUGCCCUCGGGGAGAAGGGGAGGCGCUUCGAGGCGUUCAAGGAUAAUCUGCAGUUCGUCGACGAGCAUAACUCCGUCGAGGGACGGAGUUACAAGGUUGGGCUGAACCGCUUCGCCGAUCUCACCAAUGACGAGUUCCGGUCCUUGUACGUUGGGGGAAGGAUCGACCGGAAGGGCCGGCUGAUCAAGAGUUCCACGAAAAGGCACGCUUUCCACCACGGCGACCGUGUCCCGGAAUCCGUUGACUGGAGAGAGAAAGGUGCCGUUACUCCUGUCAAAGAUCAAGGCCAGUGUGGGAGUUGUUGGGCAUUCUCAACUAUUGGCGCUGUGGAGGGAAUAAAUCAGAUUGUUACCGGGGACCUGAUCUCCCUGUCAGAGCAAGAACUGGUGUCUUGUGACAAGAUUUACAACAUGGGAUGCAAUGGUGGUCUUAUGGAUUAUGCCUAUGAUUUCAUUGUCAAAAAUGGAGGGAUUGACACCGAGGAAGACUACCCUUACAAAGCUCAGGAUACUUACUGUGAUACUUCUAAGAGAAAUACACGUGUGGUUUCCAUUGAUGGGUAUGAAGAUGUUCCCGAAAACGAUGAGAAGUCAUUGAUGAAGGCUGUUGCUCAUCAGCCUGUUAGUGUUGCCAUUGAAGCUGGUGGUCGGGCAUUCCAAUUCUAUGAAUCGGGUGUGUUCACCGGGUUGUGUGGGACACAACUAGAUCAUGGCGUUCUGGCCGUUGGAUACGGGAGCGAAAACGGAACGGAUUACUGGGUGGUGAAGAAUUCAUGGGGCCCAAACUGGGGUGACAAUGGAUACAUUAAGCUUGAGCGCAACUUGGGCAACACAUCAACAGGCAAAUGCGGUAUUGCAAUGGAGGCUUCGUACCCCAUAAAGAACAGUCCCAACCCUCCGAAUCCCGGGCCAUCCCCGCCGUCUCCACCGGAAAAGCCCCCCACCGAAUGCGACGACUACUACAGCUGCCCCAUCGGCAGUACAUGCUGCUGUAUUUACCAGUACUCCAACAUCUGCUUCGGCUGGGGAUGCUGCCCUAUAGACUCCGCCACCUGCUGUGAUGACUACUACUACUGCUGCCCACCAGACUACCCCGUCUGUGAUACCGCCCAGGGCACAUGCCUAAUGAGCGAGGGGAGCCCGAUGAAAAUAAAAGCAUUUAGGAGAGGACCUGCGAUAUCGAAAGGAGUAAACUGGAACCAGAUGCUCAACUAUAAUUGAGAUGGAGAUGAUGCAUGUUGGUGGUGUCGUUACAAUGGACAACUCCAAUCGUUGUACAUACAUAUAAAUUAUAGCUAGCGCUAGCUUUAAUUUGCAUUUUCCAUUCCAAUUUCUGACAUUAAUUAUUGUUAUGUUCUUCUGAUCUAUUAUAUUUAAGAUGGAGUAAUAGGAUACGUAAUCGUCCAUGGCUACUAAUAUAUCAAUGUGUACUAUGAUUUAAUUUCCACUUUAUAUGACCACAUUAUUCACAGAA